AUGGAACGUGAUCUCAAUUGGGAAAGCAAUCUGGAAUGCAGCAGCCAACUAUCGGAAUUAGAAGACCGCCUGCCGCUACCAUUCGAAUGCAUGGCCCAAGAGCCAUCCACCGCCAACCAGCUACACAGCCCAUACACCUCUGUCAUCGACUCCUGCUACUCCCUCUUUCUGGCAGAGACGAGUCUCCGCCAAAUCCUAUGGCGGAUCGCGUGCGCCCCCGAGCUCCAGGAAUCAACCGCAAGCGUGCCACAACCACCACGCACAUUGGAAGUCAUCGCAGAGCUGGAGGUGCAACUGUCCGAGUGGCUCGUUUGCAUUCCCGGAUCAGCCGGUUGGUCGCCGGUCGCCGGGGCCGGCACGAUCACCGCGCUGAGCAGCCGGAUCAAAUUGCAGUACUGGUUGUGUCGAUUCCACGUCUACAAGGUGGCGUUAUAUCGCAGCUUUCAGGUUCCAUAUCAGACGGUUUUCCCAGAAUCGAUCUCGCAGACAUGGUCGGAUGCCGCGUUGGUGGCGGCGAUGAACAGUCUCUUGGUCUUUGUUUCUGAGAGCGUUAUUCCUGAUGAUAUUAUGGCAAAUAGGUUACUCACGGUCACAAUUCUGUUACGAGCGGCGAUAAAGCUUUUUGGGCCCGAGAGGCUGAUUCUAUACUGCCAAAGCAUGUCCACAACUCCUCAGUCGCUAAUUGACCGGUCGGUCGAGCGCAUUCAGUCAUUGUCUAUAAUAAACUCGCCAGUCGGAGCGCCAAAAUGGCAAAGCCGAUGGGUGACGAAUAUUUUACAGAGCUUCCUGCAAGAUAUCUCCAUGGAAACAGCACAAGCAUAA